AUGCCUCCCUGUGCUAGCCAGAAGAAAACAAAGUGUAAAGCUGUGGAUUCUGAUGGUCAAGCAAACUCUGCAAAGAAGUCGCGUGCAGGGGCCCAGGCAUCUGUGGUGUUGCAGGAGCCAAUUCUUGCAGACAAACCGUCAGCUCGACAUUCUGGGCGUCCUGGGGCAGGAAAAGGAGAUGGUAAUGUUGAAUACAGACAGAAACCUCCUCCACCAUAUACCGUCUCGGAAACAGUGGUCGAUUCUGCAACUUCUAAAAUAGGGAGGAAGAAAGUUACCAGUAAAGUGACAAAGAACGCUCUCACUCCUACUACUGACGCGGACGCGUCGAAUACGCAACCCACCUUUUCUCACCGCCAACCUGGUGGCCGGUUUGGCUUUGCGCAGUCUAUCAUCCCUCCCAGCAUGGAGCCCGACUUGCAAGCACUUAAUAACCCCUUUGUAGCGGCCGCUAGGGAAAAACGUGCUCUGUCAGUUUCCUUGGAUAGGCGUCUUCUUCCCACUGCCACCUCCAGAAACAACGAUUUGGCGCAACCAGCACCUUCAAAAUCCAGGUCGAGUGUGCAACCUAACACUAUGUUCCACAAGAACCUAGACCCUGCUCUAUUGUCAGCUGGAGAUGUAUGUUCGGGAGCUGGAUAUACCGGAUCCAAAAGUUCAGAGGCAUCUACUGACGACAAUGAUGACGAUGGAGGUCACGCUGAUGACGAUGAAGAGGAGGAUGAGGAAGAAGAAGAAGGCGAUGUUGAAGGCCAGGAGGUCAGAUGGGGAGCAGCGCAUGGGCGCCUUACUGCACAUCCUGGACCUGAGCCCUCACAACCUUGGGUCACCACUGCUCUUCCAACUGAUUUCGAAUUUCAACACUCACACGACAAGGAUGAUAACAUGGCUGAUAAGAAUUUAGCAGCUGGCACGUCCAGUGACAAUGACAAUAUCCAGCCCGCAGAGAAUAUUCCUGAUGAUGUUCUACAGCUCCACCACAAGCGAAAUGGACAUCCCCGCCUGCCUGAUCCUGCGGUCCUCAAUCUUUUGUGUCAGGCUGAGACCAAACCUCCCAAUUCCAAGCCAAGUGAUACAAAUAUCAAAGCUCGUAAGAGGUUCCUUGAGGAAACAAAGGGAGAGUGCCAUGUUCAGCACACGAUAGAAAAUCUGUUCCCGACCUUCGUUGAUGGCUUGUCGGGAACCAUCCCUGAGAUCCUUACAGCUUUGCUUGUACAAUGGCUCGAAAGCGGCCAACAAGUUGAAGGCAAUAUUUGGCCUGGUUACAAGCCUGAGAUGGCCAAGCUCCUGUUUGAAGAUCUAUCGACAUGGCACUCGGACCUCAAGAAAAUCGCCAUCAGUAUCACACCCUCUAUGUAUGACCUCAUCCCGCCAUCUCAUGUUCCCCCCCAAGAACGUGCUAUUAUCGGGAAAAAUCAAAAUGUUGCUCACCCCGCGCUCCACGAAGCUGUCAUUUUGUUCUUCUAUACUGGGUCUUAUCGUAUUGCUCGCAGGAGACCUGAGGUUUUCCAUGAGCAGCUACCACUGGAGUGCUUAGCUUUGGUUUGCACUGUGUUCAAUUGCGUCCUCGACGGUGUAGUCAAGUACAGUAAUGGAAAGUUGUACCCGAAGUUUUCUGCCAAAGAGUACAAGUCAAUCUAUAUCAAGAUGGUUGGGCUACUAAACGAUAUCAUUUGGGAUCCUUAUCACGGACCCAAGCUGGUAGAGCAGCUUCGUUCAUGGGCUGUGUCCGGAUGGCAAGGCGCAGUCCUUCAAGGUUGA